UUUUGUACGAAGACAUGUCUCACAAAAUAUCAGUGCGCCAGGAGGUACCGCCAACGUGCUGUACACAAAAACAUCCACAUUAAAUUUCAUCGAGAAAAUGCAUCUCCAGGGAAAUAUGUUUUUGUCCUUUCAUUUUCCCAACACAAGCAUCAUUACGAUUUUGUUAUCACAAUGUUAAACGUUGACUCCUCUCUGGAUUGGUUACACAGGUGUGAUGAAAGACGCUGCGCUGAUAUUGUGCUCAUUCAACAAUGCAGAUAUUGGCAAUGCCAUACGACCGACAAACAGUGCGGCUGUUAGCUAUGUAUCUAAGCGCAUGACAGUAUGGCCUAUAACAAACGCUUUACACUUUCUCGGCAUAUAGGCCUACAUAAAUGAAAAUGCAACUACUUCUGAACUAAAUCCUUCGUUUUGUUUUCCGAUCUGACCGGACAAAUUCAAACAUGGCUUUGAUGAGUAUGAACAACACAUCGUCGAUCAUGAACCACACCACCAUGCAACCAGCGACCCUUAAUCCAUCUCUUUACCCGUACAAUGCCCGAAUCGGUGUGGCCUGUGUGUGGAUCGUAGCUGCGGUCCUUGGACUCGUUGGGAACAGCCUCGUGAUCUGGUCGGUCGUCCUGUCCAAGAAACUCCGCACGGUGACCAACGCAUUCGUGGUCAACCUCAGCCUGGCCGAUUUCUGGACGAGUCUGUGUUACCCGUGGCAGGCCGUCGCCAUACUGAGCCACGGGUCCUGGCCGUUAGCUACAGAGGUCCCAUGCUACAUCGCCGCAGUGCAGUUAUACACUGGUAUCGGUGCAAGCCUUUACUCGUUGGCGGCGAUAGCCUUCAAUCGCUACAUGCUGGUCACCAAGAAACCUGCAACAUACAGUCGUUGGUACUCCCCGGGAAAAGUCUCCUCCAUGCUCGCUGCGACUUGGGUCAUCCCGUCGAUCGUGUUCUUCUUGCCGCCAGUUCUUGACAUUGGCGACUUUGGUUACGAUCUUCAGGACAACACGUGUUCAGACAUAGAUGUUCAUCCCCGCGGCCCAGACUACAACCUUGCUCAGUGUCUUGGAAUUUUCCCGGUUCCCAUGCUCAUCAUCAUCAGUUCCUACACGGCACUCUACAUCCAUCUCAAACGUCACUUCAGGAAGCAGAAGAGGAGACGCACUCAGCAAGAUAGCGAAGCCCCGCAUGACAAGGCAGUAGGGAUGUCAACCGUCAGUUUGACCGUAUCGACCAAAUCCUCAAGGAUGUCCACCGACGAUAUAGCCAAAAGCCAACGGAGAGCAAUCAGCCGUCAGCAACUUGCUAUCACCAAGAAUCUUUUCAUGGUCUUCUGUGUCUUCUUCGUACUUGUUUCUCCUUAUUUCAUCUCUCUGGUCGUACCAAGCAGUCGACCGUUUGCUCUGUAUGGACUAUCCAUCACUAUCCUGAAUAGCUGCGUCAACCCCAUCAUCUACACAGUUAACCAUCUUCAUUUCAAGGGGGUACUUCGGAAGAUCCUUCGUUGUCAAUACUCCCAGAUACCUGAACCAUCCGACUGGUUGAAAUCCGUGUUGUCUAGGAAAAAGUAAAAACAAAUUAAAAGUGACACAAGCAUAUAUUGAACCACUCGCAAUCGCCAGUCCAUUUUUCUGUUUCACAGUCACAUAAUCGGGUAUUAUUGUUCUCAAUCCACAGGAGUAUGUGUUAAUGCGGCGCUGAAAACACAGCACGUCCUUGACGCGUGCGUAUUAACGGAUUAAGACAAUGGCUUUCGGGCCCAGGGCCCACAGCUUCCAACAUUGUGGGGCGUACCACACAUUUUUUAAUAGGCAAUAAUCUGAGAACGAAAUCAUUGGGCUAAAGUUCAUCUUCAUUAAAUUAUGCUUCAGGCUGAUAUACCAGUUUUUGAUAUACCAGCGUUAUCGGGUUAACUGGCAAUUUAAAGCAAUUCUGUUCGUUAAAGCAUCGUUUUUCUUCCCAUUAUGGCCACGUUA